GAGGUCAAAAAUAAGCCGUUGAUAAGAUGGUUACAUCAGUUCAAAUCUCUGUUCAAAUGUAGAAAUUUUAGUUGCCACUAGAUAAAUGACUAUUUUGGAUUCUUCUAAUUCGGAAAAAAACGGGAAAGCAUUUUAAUUUUUCAGCAUCUCUAAAUAUUAUAAAUAUUUAUAAUAUCUUGUCAAUAUUAACCGGUAUAGCGCAAAUAAAUAGAAGUAUUAAAUAUAAAUAGACCAGUUAGUUGCAAAAACAAGUAAUUAUAUUCUGAAGAAGAUGAGUAACUGGAAACGGCCAGAAAAUGUUCUAUUUCCAUCUAUUUGGAGAACUUUUGAAAGAAAGGACUCUGCUGGAAUUACCCGAAAAUAUUGGGUUCAGGAUUUGACGCCUGAAUAUGAAGAUAUUUUUGUAGAUAACUCGAUAAAGGUUUUUUUAAAGGACGAACCUACAUGCAAAUAUUCAAAUUUUGUGGAAGAUCCACAGGCAGUGCAAGAAUUUGCAGAUUUAUGGAGAUAUGCCUUUAGUCACAAAUUAGGUAUUAUUUGCCUAACAGAAGAUGAAAAUGGCAAAAUAGAAUUUGUAGGGGGUAAUAUGACUACCAUAAGUGAAAAAGGUGAUGCAAGCGAUUUAGAGGGCAAAUCUGAAACAUAUAAAAAAGUGUUAUCAGCAAUUAUAUACACAUCGAAAAAGAGGGAUAUAUUCAGUGAAUUAAAUAUUAACGAAUAUCUAACUGCUUUUGGUUUAUAUGUUCUGCCAAAAUUUAGAGGGCAAGGAAUAGGUACAGAAAUUUUGAGAGCCAGACGUGAGUUAUGUUUAGCAGUUGGAAUCAAAACCUCAGCCACCGUAUUUACAUCUAUUAUAUCCCAAAAGAAUGCUAAGCAGGCAGGGUUUAAAGAGUUUGUUGAAAUAGAUUAUGAUGAUCUGGAAAAGAUAAACCCCAUCUGGAAUUUUCCGGGAAUUACUUCCUUUACCAAAUCUAUAAAAAAUAUGUACAUACAAUAUUCCUGAGAUGUUAUUAGCCUUUAAGCAAACCUGUUUAUUUGUGUUCUGAAAUGCUUAUUAAAUGGUUAAAUAAAUAAAACCAUUAAAUUUUUUGUA